AUGACACGCAACUCGGAAUCCCCUGAAUCACCCGAGUCGCCGUUGCCUCGAGACCGACCAAGUAUGCAGUUGCUCACACUACCCCCAUCGGGUCGCAAUUACUCUCGCAACUGCAGCAUUGCUUCAUAUCGCUCGGAGGAUGCCCUUAGCAACCUCAGUCUUGGAAGUCUUCUUCCGCCCGACUUGGAUGAUGAAAUUCUAUGCAUCCAUCUGGGGAUGUUGAUUGAUUUUGCCAUUUUUUGCGGACAGGAUUUUUUGUGGAUCUGCUUCAAAGUGGGUAGAACCCUCUCUUCCGCCCCAUAG